CACAACUCUUCAAGUUUUUAAACUUAACUUGAGUUUGAGUAGACACCAAGAAAAUAAAGAGAGAGAGAGUGUAGUAAACUCUAACACAGAGAUAGAGGAGAAGAGAGAAAACAAAGCAAAACCCAAGAAAAGAGUUUAUAGUUGUUUCGAUAUGCAAUUGCAAACCCGAGAAGAAAAUUUUGGAAAUUGAGGCAAAAUGUCUAUCUCUAUGCCAAGCUCGAGAAGACAAUCUUCUCCCAAUCCCAACUCUUCUUCUUCUUUCAUAUUUCUUUCUCUUUCUUUCAUUCUUUUCUUUGCCACCCUCUUCACUUCUUCUUCUUCUUCUUCUUCUUCUGCACCAUUUUCAAGUUGGACUAUUCUUGACAAUAAUCCAUGCAAAUGGUCUUUUAUAACAUGCAACUCCCAAGGUUUUAUAACAGAAAUCAAUAUUCAGUCUAUUCAUCUUGAGCUUCCUUUGCCUACAAAUCUUUCUUCAUAUAAAUACCUUCAAAAACUUGUCAUUUCUGAUGCUAAUAUCACUGGUACCCUACCCUUUGAAAUUGGUGACUGUUCUUCACUUGUAACCAUUGAUUUAAGCUCAAAUGGUCUUGUGGGGUCCAUCCCUUCAAGCAUUGGAAACCUUAUAAACCUUCAAGAUUUGAUCUUGAACUCAAAUCAACUCACUGGAAAAAUCCCAGUUGAGCUUGCCAAUUGCAAAAGCCUAAAAAACCUUCUCCUUUUUGAUAACAGACUUAGUGGAACUUUACCAAGUGAACUAGGAUUGUUGUUAAAUCUUCAAGUGUUAAGGGCAGGAGGGAACAAAGAUAUUACUGGAAAAAUCCCUAAUGAGUUAAGUGAAUGUGGGAAUUUGACAGUUUUAGGCUUAGCAGAUACAAGAAUAUCUGGUUCUUUGCCUGUUUCAUUAGGUAAGCUCAAGAAACUUGAGACUUUGUCUAUUUACACUACUAUGUUGUCUGGUGAGAUACCUCCUGAUUUAGGUAAUUGUUCUGAGCUUGUUAACUUGUAUUUGUAUGAAAAUAGUCUUUCUGGUUCAAUCCCAUCUGAGAUAGGGAAGCUUAGAAACUUACAAAAAUUGUUCCUUUGGCAAAAUAAUCUUGUUGGUGUUAUUCCACUAGAGAUUGGGAAUUGUACUAAGUUGAGUAUGAUUGAUUUGUCUUUGAACUAUUUAUCUGGGAGUAUACCAUUAUCUUUUGGUAAUCUUAUUGAGUUACAAGAACUUAUGCUUAGUAACAAUAAUAUUUCUGGUUCAAUCCCUUCUGUUCUUUCACAUGCCACAAGCCUUGUGCAAUUGCAGCUUGACACAAAUCAGAUUUCAGGGUUGAUUCCUUCUGAGUUAGGGAAUUUGACUAAUCUUAUUGUGUUUUUUGCUUGGGAUAAUCAACUUGAAGGAAGUGUGCCUUUAACUUUGGCUAGUUGUAGUAACCUUCAGGCAUUGGACUUGUCACAUAACUCACUCACUGGUAACAUUCCUCCUGGCUUGUUCCAAUUGAAAAAUCUUACUAAGCUACUCUUGAUUUCUAACGAUAUUUCGGGUUCGAUACCUCAAGAAAUUGGAAAUUGUAGCUCAUUAGUGAGGUUAAGACUUGGAAACAAUCGGAUUGCUGGUGGAAUUCCUAAAGAAAUUGGGGGUCUUAAGAGCUUAAACUUUCUUGAUUUGUCUGGAAAUCGACUUUCUGGACCGGUUCCUGAUGAGAUAGGAAGCUGCACUGAACUGCAAAUGGUAGACCUUAACAACAAUAUACUAGAUGGUCCCCUGCCCAGUACUCUGUCUUCUCUAUCGGGGAUUCAAGUUUUGGACAUUUCGAAUAACAGAUUCGGGGGGCCUAUUCCGGCUAGUUUUGGCCGUCUUGUGUCCUUGAACAAGCUGAUUCUCAGCAAGAACUUGGUCUCGGGUUCGAUACCUCCAUCUAUCGGCCUAUGUUCGAGUCUCCAAUUGCUUGAUCUUAGCAGCAAUGAGCUCUCGGGUAGCAUACCAAUGGAGCUAGGGAAAAUUGAGUCUCUUGAAAUUGCUCUCAACCUUAGUUACAAUGGACUGACAGGUCCAAUUCCUGCUGAAAUUUCAGCAUUAAGCAAGCUGUCGAUACUUGAUCUUUCGCACAACAAGCUUGAAGGAAACUUGAAUCCACUAGCUAGGCUCGAUAAUCUAGUCUCGUUAAAUGUUUCAUACAACAACUUCACUGGAUAUCUUCCGGAUAAUAAGCUCUUUCGACAGUUACCAGCAUCAGACCUUGAUGGAAAUGAAGGGCUAUGUUCAUUUGGCAGGCCGUCGUGUUAUCUUAGCAAUAUCAAUGGAGUGGGAGUAGCUAAAAAUGGAAAUGAUGAGGAAAGGUCAAAGAAGCUCAAAUUAGCCAUUGCAUUGCUAGUAACCAUGACAAUAGCAAUGGUGAUCAUGGGAACUAUUGCUAUUAUUCGAGCACGAAGGACGAUGAGAAGGGAUGAUGAUUCAGAGAUGGGAGAUUCUUGGGCUUGGCAGUUCACUCCAUUCCAGAAGCUCAAUUUUUCAGUAGAAGAAAUACUAAGGUGCCUAGUGGAUACUAAUGUCAUCGGAAAGGGAUGCUCCGGGGUUGUCUAUCGUGCAGAUAUGAACAAUGGCGAGGUUAUAGCAGUGAAGAAGCUUUGGCCAAUUACCAUGGCUUCAACUAAUGGAUGCAAUGAUGAGAAGUGUGGAGUACGGGAUUCCUUCUCUGCAGAAGUUAAGACGCUUGGUUCAAUUCGACACAAGAACAUUGUUCGAUUCCUAGGUUGUUGUUGGAACAGAAGCACAAGAUUGCUCAUGUAUGAUUACAUGCCAAAUGGGAGCUUAGGAAGUCUUCUCCAUGAGAGGAGCGGUAACUCUUUGGAGUGGGAAUUGAGAUACCAAAUAUUGCUCGGGGCAGCACAAGGGCUUGCCUACUUGCACCAUGACUGUGUCCCUCCAAUUUUCCACAGAGACAUCAAGGCCAACAACAUUCUCAUUGGUCUUGAGUUUGAGCCUUACAUUGCAGACUUCGGCCUUGCAAAACUCGUCAAUGAUGGUGAUUUUGGCCGGUCCUCCAAUACAAUUGCUGGUUCUUAUGGCUACAUUGCUCCUGAAUAUGGCUAUAUGAUGAAGAUCACUGAGAAGAGUGACGUCUACAGCUAUGGAGUGGUUAUGUUAGAAGUCUUGACAGGGAAGCAGCCAAUCGAUCCAACAAUUCCUGACGGAGUCCAUCUAGUGGAUUGGGUAAGACUGAAAAGGGGAGGAAUCGAGGUCCUCGAUCCAAGUCUACAUUCGAGACCAGAAUCAGAGAUCGAGGAAAUGUUACAAGCAUUAGGAGUAGCCCUAUUGUGUGUAAAUUCCUCUCCUGAUGAAAGGCCUACAAUGAAAGAUGUAGCAGCAAUGCUAAAGGAAAUCAAACAUGAAAGGGAAGAAUAUGCAAAGGUUGAUGUUUUACUUAAGGGCUCUCCAGCAACUGAUACACAAGAAAAUAAGAACUCAAAGGGUGUCUUAGCAACAUCUUCAUCAGGAGAGAAAGCAAGAAGUUUGUAUCCAAAGAGCAAUAACACAAGCUUCUCUGCUUCCUCAUUGCUUUAUUCAUCAUCAUCAAAUGCCAAAAAUGGAGUUUAAGUGAUUCACCAAAACUACAUUUGCAUUGAAGUUUGUCUUAUUAGUAGUAUUAGUUUUAAUUUCUUUCAGUUUAAUAAUCCUUCGUUUGCAUUUCCCUUUUUUUUUUUUGGAAUUUUCUGAAGGGGAGCCUUGGCGUAACUGGUAAAGUUAGCUGCCAUGUGACCAGGAGGUCAUGGGUCCGGGUAGUGGAAAUAGCCUCUUGUAGAAAUGUAAGGUAAGGCUGCGUACAAUAGACCCUUGUGGUCUAGCCCAUCCUCGGUUCCCACGCAUAGCGAAAACCUAGUGCACUGAGGUGCCCUUUUUUGUAUAAAGAGAAGAAGGUAGAUAUAUAUGUGUGUGACAACUUGUAUGCAGGAAAACAAAAGAAGCCUUAACAUAUGCAAGUUUGGCUUUUGAGCA